GCAUCCCAGCAGCCCCACCACGGCCAGUCUUCCCCGGACACCAUGAACCACACUGUCCCAACCUUCUUCACUCCUGCCAGCACCGACCGUCCCCCGAACUAUGAGAUGCUGAAGGAGGAACAUGAGGUGGAUGUGCUGGGGGCGCCCCACAACCCUGCGCCCCCGACAUCCACCGUGAUCCACAUCCGAAGCGAGACCUCCGUGCCGGACCACGUCGUCUGGUCCCUGUUCAACACCCUCUUCAUGAACUCCUGCUGCCUAGGCUUCAUAGCGUUCGCCUACUCCGUGAAGUCUAGGGACAGGAAGAUGGUUGGCGACCUGACCGGGGCCCAGGCCUACGCCUCCACCGCCAAGUGCCUGAACAUCUGGGCCCUGAUUUUGGGCAUCAUCAUGACCAUUCUGCUGAUCAUCAUCCCAAUACUGAUUCUGCAAGUCUAUCAGUGGAUCCAGAGGAAUCACCCAGGCCAGGGGCUCCACCCCUCACCUGCCUCCCAUGUACCCCAGCUUCCAUUCCUCGCCCUGCCCCCAGCCCAUCCUGUGUCAGCCCUUUACCCUCACACACUUUUCUACAGUCCAGUUCAAUAAAGUGCACGUGCUCCUGAAAAAAAAAAAA